GAGGGGAUACACCGAUCGGUUAACUUGGAGAACAAGCGAUGCCGGCGCUGCAAUCUCGGCGACUACAAACACCAAAGCGAUCCACACUCUCACCGGUCAUCUCGCGGAUUUGCCUUUAAACCCUUUCUCAGAGAAACACACUCGUUCUCGUCUCUUCGUAUAAACCCUAGUCUCGCUUCAGAGUGCUUCGCUCACUCCCUCUCUCACUCGCCAUGGACAUCGACUUGACAGAGUACCGUUUGAGCCGUGAACUUCGAGGCCACGAAGACGACGUUCGGGGGUUAUGCGUUUGCGGCAAUGCUGGAAUUGCAACUUCGUCAAGGGACAAAACAGUUAGGUUUUGGACAUUGGAUCCUGCGGACAAUCGUAGCUAUGCCCAAUCGAAGUUGCUGCUGGGGCACAAAAGUUUUGUGGGGCCGCUGGCAUGGAUUUCCCCAAACGAGGAUUUUCCGGAGGGUGGGAUUGUGUCUGGUGGCAUGGACACUGUUGUGAUGGUUUGGGACCUCAGCACUGGAAGGGCGGUGCAGACACUGAAGGGCCAUCAGUUGCAGGUCACUGGGAUUGCAUUAGAUGGGUCAGACAUCGUGUCUUCGUCGGUGGACUGUACUUUACGACGGUGGAGGAAUGGCCAAUCUGUUGAGUCUUGGGAGGCUCAUAAGUCUGCAAUUCAAGCUGUUAUAAAGUUGGCCUCAGGUGAACUUAUUACAGGUUCUAGUGACACAACAUUAAAGCUUUGGAAAGGAAGGUCAUGCAUGCAUACUUUUGUUGGGCAUACAGAUACAGUUAGAGGCUUGGCAGUGAUGCAUGGGGUGGGAAUUCUCUCUGCCUCACAUGAUGGGUCCAUCAGGUUAUGGGCACUCAGUGGUCAAGUUUUAGUGGAGAUGGUUGGUCACACUUCAAUUGUCUAUUCUGUUGAUUCACAUGUUUCAGGGCUUAUUGCCAGUGGCAGUGAGGAUUGUUUUGCAAAGAUUUGGAAAGAUGGAGUUUGUGUCCAGAGUAUAGAGCAUCCUGGUUGUGUCUGGGAUGUCAAAUUCUUGGAAAAUGGUGAUAUUGUGACUGCAUGUUCUGAUGGAGUAGUGCGUAUUUGGACAGUCAGUCAGGAUAAGAUUGCAGACUCAACUGAGCUUGAAUCAUUUGCUUCUCAACUCUCUUAUUACAAAUGUAGCAGAAAAAGGGUUGGAGGAUUAAAAUUGGAUGAGUUACCCGGGCUGGAGGCUUUACAGGUUCCAGGAACAAAUGAUGGCCAGACAAAGGUUGUCAGAGAAGGGGACAAUGGCAUGGCAUAUUCAUGGAAUUUGAGGGAGCAGAAGUGGGAUAAGAUUGGUGAAGUUGUUGAUGGCCCUGAUGAUAGCAUGAAGCGACCUGCUCUUGAUGGAACUCAAUAUGAUUAUGUUUUUGAUGUUGAUAUUGGAGAUGGUGAGCCGAUUCGUAAAUUGCCCUACAACCGAUCGGAUAACCCAUAUGCUGUUGCUGAUAAGUGGCUUCUGAAGGAGAAUCUUCCUCUUUCCUACCGCCAACAAAUUGUGGAAUUCAUACUACAAAAUGCAGGACAAAAAGAUUUUUCUUUUAAUCCAUCAUUUCGUGAUCCCUACACUGGUUCUAGUGCUUAUGUACCGGGGCAAUCGUCCAACUCGAAUGCUACCUCAGCAAAACCUACUUUCAAGCAUAUUCCCAAGAAAGGAAUGCUUGUAUUUGAUGCAGCUCAGUUUGAUGGGAUUCUCAAAAAGAUUUCAGAGUUCAAUAGUGCAUUGCUUAAUGACCAGGAUAAAAGAAGCUUAUCACUGACCGAGCAUGAGAUUUCAAGAUUGGGUGCUAUUGUUAAAAUUUUGAAGGACACAUCCCAUUACCACAGCAGUACAUUUUCAGAUCUUGAUAUUACUUUGUUGUUGAAAUUGGUGAAUUCGUGGCCACUAGCGAUGAUAUUUCCAGUAAUUGACAUAUUGAGGAUGCUUGUUCUGCACCCGGAUGGGGCUACUAGACUACUCCAGCAUGUUGAUGAAAAUAAUGAUGUGCUCAUGAAGAUGAUUAAAAAUGUCACUUUGACUCCAAUUCCAGCAAAUCUUUUGACCAGCAUUCGGGCUGUGACUAACCUCUUCAAGGCUUCAUCCUACAAUCAGUGGUUACUAAAACAUCGUAAUGAGAUUCUUGAUGCGUUUUCAAGUUGUUAUUCAUCUCCAAAUAAGAAUGUGCAAGUCUCUUAUUCUACCUUAAUCCUCAAUUAUGCCAUUCUACUGAUUGAAAAUAAGGACCAAGAAGGCCAAUCCCAAGUUCUCUCAGCAGCUCUUGAGAUUGCAGAAGAAGAAAAUCUUGAAGUUGACUCAAAAUUCAGGGCUUUGGUGGCAAUUGGAACUCUGAUGCUCGAGGGCGGGGUCAGGAAAAUAGCAGUGGACUUUGAUGUAGAGAACAUAGCCAAGACAGCGAAGGCUUCCAAAGACUCCAAGAUUGCUGAAGUUGGAGCUGACGUUGAACUGAUUGUAAAGCAGUGCUGAAUUUGUCAGUCUAUUAAUUUUCUUGAGCCAGCCCUAUCAUACACCUCCAUCCCAUGAUUAAAGACAAAACGAAGAGGAAAUAAAACUCCAGCUUUUCGAUUCUCUGGAUUGGAACAUUGACAUUCAGGCAUGGGAUCGGAGAUCAGAUGAGGGUGGGUUUUGGGAUGAUAGCAGCAAAAGAAGAAGGAGGAAUCAAGCAGUUGUCGUGAAGCAACGAAUGUGAGUCAGUCCUUAACAAUUUGAACUCUGGUGCAACGAUGAUGGCAAAUGCGAUUCAGUUGUUCCCCAUCUUCUUUCUUUUCUCUUCUCUUCUUUUUUUUAGUCAUUUGUUUCAUCUUAAAAGCAAUGAAUAUAUAACCAACCAACCAAACUUUAUGAUUGUUAGAUUGGGAGCAGCAUUGACAACACCAACACGGAUCUAUUUAUGUGUUUUCAUCCUGUCUAGUCUUUUCCUCCUUGAUGUGGGUUUUGUGGUU